AUGAGCCAAGACCUGUGUCUAGCGGAUGGAAUCGGCAAACGUUUGGUUGCGAAUGUGGCGAAAAGUAUGGUUCGCAAAAGGUUGGCACUAGCGCAUCAUAUCUUGCAAAAUCACGAUGCAGAGAUACCAUGCUUUGGUUGUAAUGAGACAAUACCUUCUUUGACCAAAAUGCUGGAUCAUUUUCGGACAAAACAUACCAAGAGUCUGAUUGCUUGCGUUUACUGCAAGUCCGUAUUUGGCAAACCAAAUGAUAUGACCGAAAAUCAGUGGAAACGGUUGAAAACGCAUAUGUACGGAGUGAGUUAUACUUAGUU